GGUUGGUUUUCUGUUGGGUUUACGUCAUGAAAUCAGUGUUUAUUUUCUCUGUUGGUUGAGGUUUCUCUCUGAAUACAAUAAGGUAUCGCCUUUAGGAUGACGGGCUAUGAUUGGGUAAAAUACAUUUCAUCGUGCUUGUGUUGCGCCACAUGAGUAACUUGCGCCAAGUUCCUUAGUUUUGAGGUUAGUUGAUUUUUGAAAACCAUGUCCGCCGGUUUGGGUGUUAUUUUAGGACAAACGAAAAAUCUCUUCUCGUAUAACACGAAAAGUUUGCUUCUGCGUUACGUCCAGACCAGCGAAAAUGUCAACCCUAAAAAAUACACUGCUUCUAUAUUAUUGCCGCAAACAAAGUUUCCGAGUAGAAUUAGUGGCAAGAAACGAGUCGACAUGGAUAAAUAUUUACUAGAGAAAUGCGGAUUCUCCGAACUCUAUAGUUGGCAACGGGCUAAUCUUUCUGAACCUGACUUUGUCUUGCAUGAUGGACCGCCCUAUGCCAAUGGGAAUCUACACAUGGGUCAUGCCAUAAAUAAAAUACUCAAAGAUAUAACAAUUAGGAGCAAGAUUAUUCGUGGACAGAGAGUGCAUUUUAUACCAGGUUGGGACUGUCAUGGCCUUCCCAUUGAAAUGAAGGCUUUGAUUUCAUUGAAAGAAAGUGCAAUGAAUUUGACGUCUGUUGAAAUUCGGCAAAAGGCUCAAAAAUAUGCAAACGAAGCUAUUUCACAGCAACGGGAUGUAUUUAUGUCAUGGGGUAUUAUGGCAGAUUGGAAAGAAUCUGGUUGUUACUUUACACACCAUACGUCGUAUGUUAUAAAUCAGUUACGCCAAUUCAUAACCUUGUACGAAAAAGGCCUUGUAAACAGGGAUUUUAAACCAGUUUAUUGGUCACCGUCAUCAAGAACAGCCCUGGCAGAAUCUGAGUUAGAAUACAAUGAGCAACAUGUAAGUAAAAGUGCUACCAUCAGGCUGCUUUUGGAUGUUCUACCUCCAGCUUUGGAAUCAUUGAAAGGGCACCCAGUCUAUGCCCUUACAUGGACAACCACUCCUUGGACAUUGGUGGCCAAUGAAGCCAUUGCAUUUGCCGAAGAUGUCAAGUAUUGUGUUGCAGAGGAUAGUGAGAUGAAUUUUUACAUUGUUGCCGAAAAUUUACUGAAUAAAAUUCAAGAAAAAAUCGGAAUUCUGAAGCCAUCAAUAACGAUAACAGGAACUGAGCUUCGUGGAGGAAGAUAUCUACAACCAAUAACAGGUUUAAGUUCACCAUUUGUACCAGGAAGUCACGUUACAACCGCAAAGGGAACGGGCUUAGUUCACAUAGCCCCAGGGCAUGGAAUGGACGAUUUUCUUAUUGGUUUAGCAAACAAAUUACCCGUGUUAUCGCUUGUGGACGAAAAUGGUUGCUAUACCGCCGAUGCAGGUCCUGACCUUGUUGGCCUAAAUGUCUUAAAUGAAGGCGGCAAAGCCAUCUUGAAUAAAAUACAAAGUAACGUGGUCCACACUGAAAACUAUCAACAUAGCUAUCCAUAUGACUGGCGUACUAAAGAGCCAGUUAUUGUAAAAGCUAGCAAACAAUGGUUUAUUAAUACCAGUGCUCUUAAACAGCAGGCACUAGAUUCUCUGCAAAAUGUAUCGGUGUACCCAGUAUGUAAUAGUGCAUCUUCUACCAAUAGUUUGACACAACAAGUGAAGAUGAGACCUUAUUGGUGUAUCUCGCGUCAGAGGGUAUGGGGAACACCAAUACCAGUUUUAUAUUACAGAGAUACUGGCGAUAUAAUUACAAAUAGAGAUUGGAACGAAAGAUUGUGUCACUUGAUGCAAAAAUAUGGUCUUGAUUGCUGGUGGGAAUUACCUAUUGAAAAAUUAGCUGGUAAAAAACUCUUACGGGAACUUGGAGUCGAUGCUUCUGAGUUGGAGAGAGGCCAGGAUAUUUUAGAUAUUUGGUUUGACAGUGGCAUAUCUUGGUCCACAGUAUUACCUGAUGGAAAAGCUGACCUGUACCUAGAGGGAAUCGAUCAAUUUACUGGCUGGUUUCAAUCGUCCUUACUGACAUCCAUAGCACUUCAAGGUGCUGCUCCUUACAAGUCUUUAUUUGCACAUGGAUUUGCAGUAGAUGACAAAGGUCAUAAAAUGUCGAAAUCACUGGGGAAUGUGAUUGAUCCUGAAGAAGUUACUCGGGGUGGUGAAGAUCUAAAGAAAAAGCCAGCUUAUGGUGUAGAUACUUUACGCUGGUGGGUAGCAAGCCAUGGCACUCAACAUACGCUAGUUCCUGUUACGGAGAAGUUGUUGAAGGGAAGCGCAGAGUCCGUUCAAAAACUCAGAUUGAUAUUUCGUUUUCUCUUAGGUGCUCUGCAUCCAUAUCCUUGUGAUACUCCUAUAGAACCGGAAUACCAUUAUCUUGAUAAAUAUUUGUUACAUCAACUUUAUCAUUACGAUAAACGGAUUGAAACAUUAUACAGUAAUUACGAAUACCACAAUGCCUGCAGAGUUAUUAUACAUUUUGUGGCAAAUACAGUAUCAGCAUUAUACUGUCAUUUAAUUAAAGACAGGUUGUAUUGCAAUAGCAUAAAUUCAUCUCAUCGAGCUGGCGCUGUGGAUGUUAUCAGCGAAAUACUGGCUGUUUUAACAAGAUCGUUAGCCCCAAUACUUCCGCAUUUAGCAGAAGAGGUCUGGUUACACCAUCCUGAUAAUCUCGCCUCUGUGCCCCUAUUUCAUAGUGCGCACAAUUUACCAAAAGACUGGGACCAACCGAGCGUAGCUAAGGUGAUAGAAAAUGCGUUAGACAUAAAAGCUGCAAUUACUAAACUUGCAACAAUCAACACCUGGGAAUUGGCAGCUACGAUUACGCUGAAUCCAGCACAGUAUUCCAUAGUCACGGCUUUGCAGAAAGAUGAAAGUUCUACGACAUCUCAACUGUGUGAGUUAUUCCAACUUUCUGCAAUUACCUUAAUAGCAAAAGAUGGUAUCGAAGAUGCAGUAAUAGAUUUAAAACCAAUCGAAAAAUCACUGUGCGCACGCUGUUAUCGGUAUCCAGAACCACAACCAGGGAAACUUUGUGCUCGUUGCGAUGAUAUUAUAAGUCACCUUUCAACAUAACUAAAAUAAAUUACGUCAAAUGUUUAUAAUUUUUGUAUAUAAAUAUACAGCAUAUGAAAAAAUAGUUGACUUAUUGUGAAAAGGCUUUGCUGUUUCUACAGAACAAUAAUUACAUUCAAUAUCCUUUUCACAACGAGUUGGCUAAUUCUAGUCAUUGUAAGAAAUUUAAUAAAUACUCGCUUCUUUUAACAUUUGUUUUAUUUAGGGACAGUAUUACAAGAAACGUUUACAUGCAGCUGGACAAAUCGUGAUUUAAGCGAAUUUAAACAUGAUCGAUGAUAAUUUUUAUACUUCAAAGAAGAAUAGUUAUUACGUACACACAUUGCGUGAGAUUUAUGUAACAAUUCUAACAACGUAUCAAUUAUUUAUUAGCAUCUGCCUCACCACAAUAUCCAUAAUAAAUGUUCAAGAUCGUAUUACUGAAAUACAAUUAUGAAUUGCCCUAUUUUUCAAUAUUAUUAAGUAUUUUUGUUCACUAUACAAAAAUAAUUCAAAUAUUGUAUUAUACAAGCCCAAGUUAACACAAAACCAAUCCUAGUUAUGAGUCAUUUAUCAUAUAAGAUUGAAGCUUGGACAACAUUUACAUAUUCGAAAAACUGAUUCAUAAAAAAAUAGAGUCUGAUAUUUUAUGUUUCGAUACUACUUAUGAUACUACUUCUGCUUUAGCUGCUUACUAAAAUAAUUUGGCUCAAAGCGAGGUGGUUUCAAAAUACAAGAAUAAAUUUUUUUCUCAUCAAUACAUGCAUUUCGGGAAAUUUCAGAAUACUCAAUAAGAAUAUUAACUCAAUUUGCGAUGCAGUUAUGAAUAUCAAAUAUUUUUUGUAUAGGGCUUGAAAUACCUGCGUAAGGUUAGGUUUGCAACCGACAAUUUCAGCUACGUCAAAUAAUUUCAUGCAAGUAAGGAAGAAAUUGCUAAAUAAUUGAAUGCCUAUUUUUCCAACUUAUGUUCACAGGAAUUGCAGUCAUCUUGCGCCUAGUAACUUUGUAAAGCGUACAUAUAUUUCUGAUUUUUCUAUUUUGGCCAGCUACCAACAAUAGAAUACAAGUUUAACUUUAACAAGACCUUACAUUACUAAAAGCUAACUUAGUCAACAAGCUAUGUAUCCAUAUACAUUCUUUAAUAAUUCUCAACAACAGUGACAAUUCCUAUUUGUUAAAUAAGUAUUGUUUCAUACUGAAAUUUUUAGACGUAAUUCGUGUUCAACUAUUAUUGAGAAAAUGCUACAUUAAAUAUUGAAGAAGCACCAUCGCACACAUAACUGUCUAGUACCUACAAUUUUAACAGUGCUGCACUUUUAUUCAAACAUAAUUAUUCACCAACAACAGGCCAAGAAAUUAUAAUAAGUUCAACAUAAAAUAUGCACUUUGCUAAAAAAAUAUGGUUAAAGUAAUGUUAAUUUAACUAAUAAGUAGGGGAAAAAUGCAGCCCGCACUGCAACCGUGACAGAUUUACCUUCAGUUGAGUUAGUGUUAUGAUCUUUGGACCUUGCAAAGAUUACAUACUUAGUAUUAAAUCAAUGUAAUUAUUAAUUGCCAUCGAAAACUGGGAAGCGUCACAGCACAAUUCACCAUGCACUAUGUGAAACUCAACACUGAUUCUGAAGUUGGCGUCAUCGCGGCGGAGCUAAUGCCCAAAAAAUUAGGAAACAUUGGAGAUUUUUCUGGAAAUUUGAAGCCACUUUCCGAAAUGUCUGAGCGUGCUGUAUCAGCAGUUAAUAUUUCACCUGUAGUUAAGGCAGAUCGCAUGUCAGUGCUCAUUUCAGAUAAAGGGGUAUCCAUACACUGUUGUAGUUGUGACAUGCUACUACUCACUGACAGAGGGAAAUUAUCUGUGGAUAUCUCUGUUUUCUUGAAGAGCUGAACAGAGGGAGACGUUUGUACCGAGAGCUGAUCUACCUCUAGUCAUAUAUUCACUACAAUGUAUCUGUUGUUCUCUGAGCUGUCCUACACUUAGGCAAACUCGUACAGCCGGAUAGGAAGUCGCCAAGACACCGCACAGCGGAUUCUGACAGAUGUAAAUAAUUUUUAUAAUCAAGUACAAUGUCAAAAACAAAAUUUAAAUUGCACGCUUUACGUUUAAAUUGCCUUAUAUCAAAAAAAUUCACCUUUGGAUCACAGAUCUUCAGAAGUCUGACUGCUUUCCCACAUUGCAGUAUAGAAUCCGUUAGUUCUCCUAAGAAGCCAGGUACUGAUUUAUGGUUUAUUAAGAAACCCUUUGUCCAAAACCUAUGUCCCCGUUGCCUCAGGUACUGCGGCUUUACUUUGAUCAUAAAUUCUCCGUAUAUAUCAUCACAGACACCUUCAAAUAACCACUUUUGCAGAAACC